GAUCUCUAGCUCAUAGUUUAGCGUGAGCUUCGGCGCCUGAGGAAAUCAUGUGGCUUAUAGAUCUGUGCUUAGCGGAUCUGCCCACCGGUGUACACUUCCUGAGGUCGAGCCCGUGAUUGUUAUGUAGCUCAAUCGCAUUUACCCAGCGCGAACAAAAGACCUGACCAGUCGACUUCUUCAUUAAUACUUCUUUAAGCAGUAACGACGCCUGUUUUCUCUCGAGCUGCCCUUGAGGAGCAACAUGGACUACACGAGUGCUUUGGCAGUGUAUAAGGAGAUGCUCCUGCUGUACUGUGAAGAGUUUAAGCACUACAUUAACUCGAUGUGUGCUGAUUUGGAGCCAUGGCAGAUCAUCGCAUCAACAUUGGUGUCUACCCUUGCUGCAGUGUGGCUUAAAGGCUUCCUGUUUCAGAAGGAGAGUCUGCUGUCUAGAACCAAGAAGCAGUGCUUUCGAAUCAUCAGAAAAAUUCCAUUUGUUGGCACAUCUAUUCAGAACCAGCUGAACAAGGCACUGGAUGACAUGUCAAUGAGCCUGUGCACGCUGAAGGAAGGAAUGAGCUACACAAAGUGCCUGCCAGCACGGGGACUUACACAGAAGCAAGUCCUAGAGAGCAUCAGGCAGUACCAGUCACUGAAUGAAGUGCAGUGGUCCAAAGGCAAGGUUUCAGGAGCAGUCUACUGGGGAGAUGAAAAGCUUACAGACCUUCUGGUGAAGGUGUAUGGUGAGUUUGCUUGGAGUAAUCCCCUCCACCCAGACAUCUUCCCUGGAGUGAGAAAAAUGGAGGCAGAGGUGGUGCGGAUGACGUGUUCUCUCUUCAGUGGUGGACCUGAGUCAUGUGGCACAGUCACCUCUGGUGGAACUGAGAGCAUUUUGAUGGCUUGUAAAGCAUACAGAGACCUGGCCUAUGAGCGAGGAAUCAAAUAUCCAGAGAUAAUUGCACCAAUAAGUGCCCACGCAGCAUUUGACAAGGCAGCGCACUACUUUGGAAUGAAACUAAUUCAUAUACCUUUGGAUAAGAAAACCAUGAAAGUCGAUGUGAAGGCCAUGAAAAGAGCCAUCUCUAGGAACACAGCAAUGCUGGUGUGCUCUGCUCCUCAGUUCCCUCAUGGGAUCAUAGACCCCAUUGUGGAAGUAGGGAAGUUGGCAGAAAAGUACAACAUUCCCUUCCAUGUGGAUGCCUGCUUGGGUGGGUUCCUUAUAGUGUUCAUGGAAAAGGCGGGGUUCAAGCUGGAGCCAUUUGACUUCCGUGUUAAAAGCGUCACAAGCAUUUCAGCAGACACACAUAAGUAUGGCUAUGCACCCAAAGGAUCCUCAGUGGUGAUCUACAGAGACAAGAAAUAUCGCCACUACCAGUACUUUGUAGCCCCUGAUUGGCAGGGAGGAAUUUACGCAUCUCCGUCAAUAGCUGGUUCUCGGCCUGGUGGUAUCAUCGCUGCCUGCUGGGCCACCAUGAUGCAUAUGGGAGAGAGUGGCUACGUGGAGGCCACCAAGAAGGUUGUUCAAACAGCCCGCAUUAUUGCAGCAGGCAUCCGUAAAGUGGAGGGACUGUUUGUGUUUGGUAAACCAGAAGUCUCAGUGGUGGCCUUAGGCUCCAAUGUAUUUGAUAUCUUCCGUUUAUCCAAUGCACUCACAUUGAAGGGCUGGAAUCUCAAUACUCUCCAGUUCCCAUCUAGCAUCCAUAUUUGUGUAACUAUGCUGCACACACAGCCUGGCAUUGCAGAGCAGUUCAUCAAAGAUGUAAGGGAGGAAGUAGCAGUAAUCAUGAAAAAUCCAAAGGAGAAGACCACUGGAAUGGGAGCAAUCUAUGGCAUGGCCCAGACCAUCCCUGAUCGGUCAAUGGUGACUGAGGUAUCAUGCGGCUUCCUGGACUGCCUCUAUAGCACUGAUGUUAAUAAUGUCCAAAAAAACCAUUACACCAGCAAGAAGAACCACAUGAAUGGGAACUCUAAAACACACUGAGCCUAGUGUGACUGCUGGGGUCUGUGCCUCAUCACAUUUGCAUACGCAUUUUUUUGUCCCAUCAUUUCAAUCACUCAUUUACUUCUUUCCAGUUAACGCACAAGCCAUAUAACCCCAGUCACUUUGGGUAUUUUCUUCAAGGUGAUUUACUGUAGAUAAAUCUGUCCAUAAAUUCUGUGGUAUCAAUGUCAGUGCAGAAGGUUUAGGGACUGUUAGAUUUUAUUAUUUUUUUUGGUUUGAUUUUUUCAAAAAAGUGUGUUUAUAUCUUCAUUUUCUGUUAUAUAGGUCUAUUGACACUUCUCCUCAUGUAUUUCACAUUCCUCCAGCCAUACUCUUGGAGGUAAAUGCUCCAAAUGAGCUCUCAGGUUAUCACUGAUUGAAUCAUUCAUUGAGAUUUAAGUACAAUUACACAAAUCAGUAAAACCUUUUCAAACUUUUUAUUGCUAAUUGCAAGCUAACGUCUUGCAGAGUACAGUUGUCACAGAUAGUGGCCUAAUGCAAGCAAAAAUGGUAAAGUUUUACGUUAAGAAGCUUUUAAUUUCCGUUCUUUGUGCUGGUGUUGAUCACAAUCGGAUAACUGUGCAACUUUAUUAAUGUUACAGAGUAACAUGAAAAUGGGCCGAGCAACAUUUUAGGUUUUUUUUGUGUUUGUUUUUGUUUUUUUAAAAUACAUAUUUUCAACAUCAUCUAAUGAAACUUGAAGGUGUACCUGGAUAACAAAAAAGCUUUUCAGUUUUUUAAUGUUAGAAUUUAUAAUAAUUUCUCAUUUAAUAGGUUGUUUUUAAAAAAUCUUAAAUUAUAAGUGAAAACGAAUUAGAAGAUUUAAAAAAAAAAACGUCUUAAUUCUAAAAUCUCCUGAACAUGAUUUACUGGUAGUUCUGAGAUGGAUCCUGCCCCAUAUUAUGUCUACCUCAGAAUUUGUUCCAACUGUUCUAUAUUUUGAUCCUUAAUAAUCUUUUCUUCUUUAUAAUCACACUUAUUGGCAUAAAUUAAUGGAGAUGUUCUCAUCUUCCAUAUUAAUUAUUCAAUCUACUGGCCACUUAAUACAAUGAGAAAUUGUUUAAACUCCUUGGGAGACGGUUGGGAGGGGGAUAUAUAUUUUAAACCCUUAAUUAAUAUUGGGAACAGUUUUAUAUUUUAUUUACUCAUUAUUUCAAGAAGAUACAUAAUUAACAAUUAUGUUGUUAAAUUUCCUGAACUGUAAAAAGGGAAAGGAGCUCUUGUAUUAGUAGUGAGAUGACAGUGACACGGUACCACUGAAUCAUGACUGCAGACCUCAUCGGCUGUUUAAUUCUGUAUGUAUUCAUAAUGUUUGUGACCACUGUGUGUGUUUUUACAUUAUGCAUCACUAAUAUAGGUUCUCAUAUUUCAAUAGUGUAAUUAUUAUUUUUGUGUACUUAUUGUUUUUUUUUUUUUAAGUGUUGUCACAGGGCUACGACUGUUCUUAACAUCAUCAUAACAUUUAGGUUAAACUGUUUCUGUGAACAAUUCCACUACUUGUAAUAGCAAGAAUAUUUUUCAGUCUUAUUUUCAUAUCCACUAUUUUAUAAUUAAAGCAGAUGUCCCUUUGCCUCCACCAAAACAUUUUAAAGGCACUGAGCCUGGCAAAAUUACUACCUAAAAGAGAGGCACCUUCAUUUUUGAAAGCUGGAGUAUCUAUUGAUCUUCACGGUUAUGAUUUUCUGUGGCUAAUGACCCACACAUGUAUGUCUGUUGGCAGGCGCUAGUGCUAGUGCAGUGUUCAGAUCAGCCUCAGGGACAGGGCCUUUUCUACACCAUACCAUAUCCACUUACCAUUUUAACCUGUUCCAGCAAAAAAUAAAGUUGUAUUUUCAAAAUC